ACGGUAGUUCAAUCUGCGUGAAAUAUUUGAAUCUAAUCAAGCGAUGGGUUAAGCUCUCUGUACUUUAUUAUUUAAAAAAAUAUUAGAUUUAUAGAACGGAAGUGAGAACGCCUGAUAAAUGUCAAGUAAAAAGCAAUAUUUAGAUAGCUCUAAUGGGCACAACCACUUCCGUCUUCACAAGAUCUUUUCCCUCACGUUGCAGUCGAAAAGAUAAUGUCGAUGCAAUUUGUUGAACAGAGUAUGACGCAGUCGUUUGCACCCGAUCGUGUCGUUUUUAUUUUAUUUAUUUUCCUUCUUUUUUUUGGGUUUUCGAACAAGGUAAUUAGUCAACUCUACGCUCACGCACACGAAUAAAGAAAGUCAACCGAACAGAACGAAAUGAAUUGUGUUCUAGCAGCUGUAAGAACAAAUGUUGAAGAGAGAGACGCAAAGAAAGAGAGUGAAUGAAGGGUGCAAACAAUGUUGAUUUCUUUCCCAAGGGGUUUUCUGGGACUUAAUUAUACGCACUAAAUUAACACUAAUGUGUAUGAUUUUGUGAAAAAUCAGCUCAAAAUUAAUGCAACAAUGGCACUUUUAUAUAUCUCAGAGAAAAUGGAAAAUGCUCUGAAAUUAAGUGUCGGUUGCUGAACGAAAUGGGGAAUAUUUCAAGUGGGUCUGUGAAAUUUGAGUGCUCAAAAGUGCUCCAAAAGAUUUCCAUUUAAACAAAUACUAAGUACAAGAUUUCAUACAAUACAAAAUUUGAGUAGAUUUCAUUAUGUUAAAUGUAGUAAUAGUGUCAGAUCUUAAAAUAUAAAUAUCAUAUUUGCUUUUUCUGGUAUUCAUAAAUUAAAUGAGAUUUUCCUCUCAAGUGGCAAAGAGUUCAAUAUACUUUAGUAGUGCCAGUCGAAGCUAGGGCUCAGAUUUCUGACAGACAGCGCCCUCUUCUUUAGCUCUCUCGUCUCUCUUUCCUUCUUUCUUUCUCUCUCUCUAUUACUUUAAUUUUGCUACCGGAACAAAUUGCUAAAAUUUCUUGGAAGUUUGUUGUUUCCCUAAAGUGUCGCAUAGUUUUUAAACUAGAACUCGCUCCGGCUCUCCCUUUGUUUCUUUCGUAUUCUAUAUAUUUUAGUUGACAAAUAAACAACUAGUGUCUGAGUAAACAGCAAUUUCCGUAGAAUUGUGUGGCCUGAAAACUUUUGUGCAGAUCGGGCAGAAAUUCAAACUGCAACGACGCCACGAAUCUUAAACAAUCGGACGAUGGCUUUCAGAGCGGAAUAGGGCAUGAGGCAUGAGGCGGGUGCAAAAAUUAUUGUAUAAAUCAGCAGAAAAGGCAAGGAAUCGGUGAUAAGACACGACUGCAAAAUACCCUACUAAAGACAAAAGUAAAUUUAACUAAAUCUUGAAUUUAGAUGUAUAUAAGAGCAAGGAAUCAACUAGAUAUAUUCCUAUAUACAUAUUUAUUGCUUCAAAGACGCCUUUAUCUGAAGACAAUAUAUCUCAGUAUACAUUUCUAAGCGCAAUGUAUAUCCCUAGGCAAUAGCCAAUAUACUCAAAAUUACUUUGUGAAAUAGGGUAUCAAAAUAAUAAACCUUAAUUCGAAGCUUCGAGCUUGAUUCAUUCAUAUCGCAGACACACACAGAUACAAAUGCAAAUGUAAAUACAAUACGCUUGGGAUCAAAAAGCAAGCGCCCGACAGAAGAAGUGGGCAUGGGGAAGGGAGGAAUCGGAGGGGGCUGACAGCCAAUUGAGCUAUGAAAACCGAUCAAAACGAGCCCCAAUUGAAAUUGUGUUGCCAGGCACGAGCAAACUGAACGAAGUGAUAUCCGAAAAGUGACCGAAAAACCGAGCCAAACCCAUAAGACUAGGAAAAUCACCGAUCACCAGAGGCCCAGGAGAAGGUGAAUGUUAAGGAGGAGCGGGAGGAAGCUCGCCAGUCAAAUGCCACAGAAAGUCGUGCACUAGCAAUAAUCAUUGCUUGCAGGAUGGCAUGGGAUGGAUCAAAUGCAUGAAGAGAGCGACCAAGUGAGAAGGAGAGAGAGGGAGGUCUCUACUGCAGCUGCUGCCUGAUAUUUCUUUUUUUUGCUCUUCUCUGACUCUAUUUUGUCGGCGAACAUGGAUCUAGUGCACGGUUGUUCAUGAUUAAGUUCGUGACUAGAUUUCAUGCUCGUCUAUUAAGUUGGGUCAAUACACACAGCGAAAACAUGGCCAAGAGACCAUUACAAAGAGAAGAGCCAGGAGCAGCUGCCAUCGGGACACGUCAAUUAGCCAAAACGCAUUUACUUUUGCAAUGUGCAAAGACAUUAAAUACAUGAUUUGGUCAUAAGAAGCAUUUUAUGGGAAUACCAUGAAUCGAUAACAAUGAACAUGCUACUAAUUAUAUUAAUAAAGUUGAAUGAAAGGAAAAGAAUGGUUUAAGAUUGAAAUUUCAUGUAUUAAAGUUAAUGAUUUUCUUUUUGUAAAAUUUUUUUUUAUAUAUUCAACACUAAAUGAAAAGUAAAACGUUUUCUUACCGAUAACUUAUUAUCGACGGAAAAAAAACAAGAACGGGGGAAAAAGCAAUUAGCUUCCGUUUGGGCUGUGUCUGGCGCAUCAAUCAGUCGCACAGCACAACUAUAUUUGUAUGUACGUACUCGUAUAUAUGUAUGUAUGUAUGUAGAGACAUACUUCUAAAUGAUUAUAUUACAUGAUUGACCCGUGACCCACAUAAUAUGGCAAGCAGAAGCGCGCACACUCACCCGCAGCUAAAAAAAAAAAAAAAACAGAGAGGAGGAUGGAAGGGAGUUAUUGACCUUUUGGCACUGUCAGUUGCAGCCAUUUGACCGUUGCAGCAGCAGCAACUGUAAAAGCCAAUGCAUGCUGGCUCACACGCCCCCUUACGCCCGCAUCCCGAUGCUGCUGCUGCUGCUGGAGUAGCCUGAUUUGUGAGAGUUUUAUCUGGUUUAUGGCCAUGCGACACGCGAUUGGAUAUCGAUUUCAAAUUCGAACUCGAAUCCGAAUUGUAACUGCCACCGCCCGUUGACAAACGCCUCUAGCUACGCAAAUAUUGUAUAUGUGAGUCUAGUUGAGGCUACUACUAUUGUUGUUGUUGUUGUAGUUGUCAGCGUGUGAACGUAUCGAGCAAGCGAGGGGGUUGCCGCAGUUGCGCCUGCGGGUGCGCAGUCUGUCGCAAUCGCAGGCGCCAAACGACAGAACCAAAGAGAGAGAAAACACUAACGGUUUCGCUUUAUAUACCCUUUGGAUAUGGGUUCCACUGUCUGUCAUUUAAUGUGAAGUAAACCAAUAACCUUUUAAGAUUAUAAACUUCACUUAGUUAUUCGAUUCGAUUACUUAGUAUUAAGGCUCUCUGAAUAUAAACUGGUCUAUAUUUAUUAUAUAUAUAAAUACAUAUACGUAUACUUGCAUUUCAUAAUAGCAAUUAGUUUCUCCAUAGAAAUAUUUCUAAUAAUUUAAAAAAUAUUAAUAUUAAUAAUAAUAUAUAUAACAAAUAUGUCGAAUAAUUUAAAAUAAUAAUAUUUAGAAUUCAAAUCAUAGUGAAAACUUGUUUUCUGUCUGCUCUGCAAGGGCAUUGAAACCUAGGCCAACCAAAAAAAACUUUUCAUUGUUUUUUUUAUUUUUUUUUGUAUUAUUCUUUUAGCCAGUGCUGCCAAGCGACGCAGCUAACAGUGCGUCUAACUGUAACACCUGCCGCAUUUAAAUUUCUCCAAGUAUAAUUUCAGUUGCCGCUCUCAAACGAGGCCCGGAACACCUUUCAACCCUGAUCGCUAUUUCCUUCUUCACGCUACUGAAAUGCCAACGCACUGGAAGGCCAAUAAAAAAAAGCAACGAUUGUUGUGUUAUUUACAUAUUUUCAAAAUGAGAGUGCUGCUAUUUGUAGGUACACGGACACACACACAUACACAUAGACACGGACACUUUGAGAGUUUCAACCCCAGCGUGAAAGCCAAGCGCAGUGAAUUGCAACGGCGCAAAAUUUAACCUCGAACUUCGUAUUUGCCGCUGCUCUACCUUCCUCUUGUUUUCCCAUUUUCAUUUCCUCCUUCCAUCCACAAUCUAGCUGCAGCCGCGGCCACAAUGAGCUGAGGCUGGCGGAGCCGUCAAACGUUGAAACUAAUUGAUAUAAUAGUUAAAAUAACAAACUAACGAGAAAGAAGUUGGCUGUAACAGCAGCAGCAGCAACGGCGAUGGCGACGACGUUGGCAGGGAAGCCGCAAACAAAGCGAACAAAAAGAAUUACCGAGAGCUGACUGCGUUGGCGAAGUGCAAAACCUUUCCAAUUUGAAAAUAGCUUUGUGCUGUGCUGUGUGCUCGUUCCCACAAACAAUAACAGCAACAAGAACAACAACAGCAGCAGCAACUACGACUGCCAUAACCAGAAGGAGAACAACAAGCUCUAUGGUGGCAAUUGCAAGUAGAAAAGAGGCGAGCAGAAGUAAGCGGUCGGUCGGUCGGUCGAUCGCAGCCAGCAGCAAUGAAGAUGACAAUGCAGCGAUUAAAGCAAAGCAGAACAACGCAGCUUGAACUCUGGUCAGCGACGUCUUUACUGGAUAUACUGUUCCAGCAGAACGACUACUGCCGUGGCAGUGGCAGCGGCAGCUGGAAAAUGCUUGUUCCAAUGCGUGGCAUUUCCGUUUGCCCGCGAGGAUGAUGCUACAGCAAACACUUGUGCUAUGUUUACAGAUCAUUCGGCCGGACGAGCCAGAAUAGUAAUCAGAUUUAUUGAAUCAAAAUAAAAUAUGUAUGCAAUUUAUUGAAGCGUUUUGUCUGUCUUUGAUACGUAAACUUAAGUGGUGCGUGCUAAGCGAGAGGAAGUACGUUGGGCAUAUACAUAUAUGAGCAGCCCAAAGGCUGGGGGCAUGUUUUAAUAGUCAAAAAUGCAGCUGCUGUAGAUUGCAGAUUUAUAGAUAAAUAUGUAAACAAAUUAGGAUUUGAAUUCUUUGUUUAAGAAAUUCAAAUAAGGCGAUAGUUAUCGAUAACUUCAAGAAGUGUUGUAAAGAACUGAUUGUGAUACUUUUCAGCACUGAUGAACCGAUUCAACCGAUAACAGCAUACUCGAUUUGUUUACCGAUUCAUUAACCUGAAACAAGUUUUGCGCGCCAAAGUAAUUUUGAUAAUAAACUCAGUUUAAUUAAAGCGCUGAUUAGCUAUUAUUAAUGGCUUGCGGUUAAUUAAUUUAAUCUAUAAUUUAAAUAACACUUGUAUUUGCGAUAUGCAUAUAUGCGUAUGUGUCUGCUCAUGACCAUUUUCAUUCAUGUUUACCUUGAUUUGCGCUCGACUUCGACUUCGACUUGAAAGUAUGAUGUGUUUUAUGUGAAUGCUUUGCUUUUGCUCUCACACGUAACAUGCAACCAACGUAACGAAGGCGUUGCAGGCGGCCGCCAUAAAUUACCUGUGUAAUUGCAGACAGAUAAAACAAAAACAACAUAUUUAUGAGAGUAUUUGUAUGAGCACAUGACUCUAGCUAUGUAUUUACAAGCAGACCAUAAACAAGCUGCGCACAUUAAUGCCAAUUUUGUUUGGCCAAGUGAUCAUCCACCCACCCCCUUGUGAGCCAUCUAAGUAGUUCAGCUCGCGGUAAUUAAAAGCCCUAAACGUUGACCAUGAACUGAUCUUGGCUAUAACUCGACGCGGGCUGCUGCUGCUGCUCACCUUCGCCUUAACUUGCCACGCCCACUGAGCUUACUGUAACUUUUCGCGCGUCUACGCAAUGUGGGUUACGGUUACUGACCCACCUAACGGCGCUGGAUUCGGCAUCGCAUUUGUGCCACUGUCAGUUUGUGUAUUUGGUUUUAAGCGUUUACCUCUCGCACACCAAAUCCGUCGGCGCCGUCAUCGCAGUCGGCGUCGGCGUUGGCGUCGCUGCUGGCCAUUGUUAUUAUUGCUAUUAACACGAUUUUGAACAAUUUAUGCUUCAUUUUUAUGAUACCCAGUGCAAGUGAUUAAGGGGUAUAUCGAUGCUUUAAGGCGACUCGCUUUAAGGAUCAAUGGAUACUGGAUUUGGAUUAUAUAGGCAGAGGAAUCUGUUUGAUUUCCAAGACUGCCUUUUGAGAUGGGUAUCUCUGGCUCGGCCGUAUUCGACCGCAGCAGUCUUGUUUUGGUUUCUUUUGUUGGGUACUUAGCGGCCAAUGGCCAACUACCGCAUUUCGCUGGCGCACCAGUUUCAAUUUCUGAUUGCCGCUCGACUCGGACGGAUCGCACAAUUCCCGCGUCUGCCUCUGCGUCUGAUUGAGCAUAACAAGAUGUGGGCAAUCGUACAGGUGGGUUUGGUGCUGCUCCUGGCUGUGCACUGUCAGGCGAACAGGGUUGUGGACGACAUAUGGAGUGCGUUCAGAGGCGUCACCAAUGACAGCGUCUUGCUGGAGCACAUAAUACCGGAAAUGUAUGGACCGAGCAUGCAUCAAGCGAAUCCAACCUUCACAUUCAAAAUGCCCAACGGGCAGCGCGAUGGCUUUGAGUUGUUGACAAUGCAGCGCUCCGACUUUGCGGAACCAAUCUUUCCCAAUAUCACAGCGAUGCCUCAAGUAGCGGCAAUCAAGUCCAAUCUGGAGGAAUGGCAGCAGCUGGGUUUGCCCGGCUGGACGGGUGAAUUGCAGGAGCAGCAGACGUGGUUGGAGCAGAUACACAAGGAGCCAGCGCAGCAACAGCUGAGCUAUCCAGAGUCCGAAAUUUUGCUGAAUCUGAAGACCCAAAAGCUGGAUGGCCAUGUGACCGAUAUACGUGUGAUAACGUCCAAUCCGGCGGAGGCGCAGCUCGAGGAUCUGCUGAAUGGAGAGAACGUGUAUAUAGCGCGCGCCAACGAUCCCUUUGGCUACUCCAUGAAGUGGUCAUUGAGUAACGAGACUGAACCGCCAAGGGAUCGAGGCAAACGGGAUAUCGCCAAGCUCUACUCCAUGAUAAAGUGCUCCACGAACUGUGAUCCAUUGAUCUACAAGGGCUACGGCUGCUAUUGCGGCUUUGGCGGCCAUGGAGUUCCCAACGAUGGCAUCGAUCGCUGUUGCCGUCUGCACGACAAGUGCUACGGCCAGAGCAACUGCAUCUCCUACCUCGAGUACUUUGUGCCCUAUGUGUGGAAAUGCUAUCGGGGAAAGCCCCUGUGCGCCAUCGAUCACGGCGAAUGGGGUGGCCCCGACUCCUGUGCGGCUCGCUUGUGUCAGUGCGAUCUGCGACUCUCGCGCUGCCUGCGCAAAUUCUAUUGCCCGCAUCGACGCGCCGUUUGCCACUCAUCGCGCUCCCGACGACUACAAAAUUUGAUAUUCUUUGAUUGACGUGGAUUGGAUUGGAUUGGAUAUGCUAUAUAUUAAUUGAUGUAAUAUAGAGUCUAUAAUAAGAAUGAAACUCUUGGUUAGACAUUGAACUUUGGUUACUAGCGGCAAUUAAUAUAUACAUACAUAUUGAUUAGAAUAUAUACAUAUAUAAAUAUUUUUUUUUAUAUAUGUCAUCAUAUAUUUUUAAAGCUACUUAACUAUUUUUAAGACAAACUAUUGUAAGCAAUUAUUCCAUUCAAGCGAUCAGCUUAUAUGUUAAAGAUCCAUGAAUUUAUAGCUGUUAACUGUGAACUGUCAAUAAAGUUGCCUCUAUAACUAACUAAAUAAAUAUUUGCACAUUUUUAUAUUAUUAUAAAAUACUUUAUUUCUGUUUAUUUUGUCUUUAUUUAAUAUAAAGAUCUUAUAAAGUUCACUUUUAGCAAGCAGUUUUUCAUUUUAUUUAUAUUAU